AACAUUUAAUCAGUUGAGUAAGUUUACACUGCAGGACACAUUCUCUCCGUAAGUUAACUCAACAUCCCAAGAUAUGAUGUGGUAAUCAUUGCGCAAUGAAUGUAUGUUUAUAACGUAGCCAUUGCACUUUUUUCUGUGGGGGCGGUGGCACAGCUAGGAAAUAUUUAGAAAUCUAAAUGUAUGCAAGCUAACUAGGCGCACCGAUUGAGCCGGAUAAUGCAACAUAGUCAUAAUAGCUACACCUUGUAUCUGGAGUAUCUGGGGUACGGAAUCUGGCAGCUGAUGCUGCAUUGAGCGGAGCUUCAAAAAAUCCCUCUGAAGAAGAAGACGCAGUUUUAGUUUAAUCGUGUCUGACAUGGAUUCCGAGAGCGGUGAACCACGCUACAAGAACAUAGUUCACUUGUGGGAGUUUCUCUACGAAUUGCUUGCCAGCGGGGACAAGUGCAGCUCAAUCAUAGCUUGGAUCAGAGAGGAACACGGGGAGUUUAAGUUAAAGAACAAAGAAGAAGUCGCAAAGAGGUGGGGCGCGUACAAGAAAAUAAAAGGAAUGAACUACGAGAAACUCAGUCGAGCUCUUCGACAUUACUAUCCAAAAGGAAUUAUUAAAAAGGUUGCAGGCCAGAGAUUGGUGUACAAGUUUAACAAACUGCCAUAUAAGUAUGAACCCGGUGUAACGAGAUCUCUUUACCACGGGAGUAGAAUCAAGGCUUGCAUCCAAGAACCAACGAAAUCUAAAGAAGCCGACCCCACCCCUCCCAAGACGAACACUAACACUUCACUGUCAGCUUUUACUCCAGUCCGAGGACAUCCCAGAAAGAGCUGGUCUUGGCCGCUUCUUUCCACGCCAACGAACCCUUUCGUGUUGUACCCAGGUUCCACACCUAACACGCCUACAAUAUUUGACAGCUCUAAGACCAUGAUCGUAUUCCCGUUUGGUCCCAGUCCACCUGUGCACCAUCCAUUACAGUUGCAUUUGAAACGGGAACACGAUAAACCUGUUGGUAAAAUGAUAACCUCUGAAGUUACUUCGAUUCCGGUUUCGGUCAUUCAGCGUGUCUAACGCACGCUAAUACCGAGAUUUAGGACACACUUCACAGCUUUUUUUUCCCUUAAAAAAAAAAAAAACAGAACUUAGACAAGAUAUUAGAUUAGAGUAUCUUGCCCUAAAGUUGCUUUACCUUAUAACAGUUUAUUCAAUUACUUAUCCUGCUUAUAUAUUCAUUUAGGCUCCUCCACUUUGACGUAGUCCCAACAAUAGAAAAAUUGCCGCUGAGUUUUCCAGCUCGAUGGGAUAACAUCAAGCUGAAAAGAGAAAGUCAUCAUCUCAGAUUAUGCUUCCAAUGCUUUAAGGCUGACCAAUAUUUUAUUCCAAAAGCGCUAGCGUUAAAAAGGUAAAUUUUCCCGUAAAAAAAGUAUGUUUUUUGAAAAGAUAUAGAAAAUAUUUUAGAUUUUGCGAUAAAAAGUCUGAAGAUGUAUUUUUUUUUGUAAAAUUUAUUUUAAUUUUGCAAGUUAAAAUAUAUUUUUUUUAAACAAUGAUGUAAGAUGGAAAUAAAUUGAUAUGUUUUUUGACGUA